UUUCUUGAAACUGACAUUCCAGUUUCCACUGACAUUGACUUUGACGUUUCUUUUAAGUCCGAUCGCCUCCCAGUGGCAUUAACGCGUUUUAUCGUUACUCAAAUAAACGCAACGAUGUCGGGAGGAUUAGACAUUCUUACCCUCAACGAGGAAGAUGUUACCAAAAUGUUGGCAGCAACCACCCACUUGGGGUCGGAAAAUGUACACUUCCAGAUGGAGACAUACGUGUACAAGCGCCGCCCUGACGGCACACACGUGAUCAACCUGCGCCGCACCUGGGAGAAGCUGGUGCUGGCCGCCCGCGCCAUCGUCGCUAUCGAGAACCCGGCUGACGUGUUCGUCAUCUCCUCCCGCCCAUUCGGUCAGCGCGCUGUGCUAAAGUUCGCCGCGCACACUGGAGCCACACCCAUCGCGGGACGUUUCACUCCUGGUGCCUUCACUAACCAGAUCCAAGCUGCAUUCAGGGAGCCCCGUCUUCUGAUUGUGCUGGACCCCGCCCAGGACCACCAGCCCAUCACUGAGGCGUCUUAUGUCAACAUCCCUGUCAUUGCCCUGUGCAACACCGACUCGCCCCUCCGUUUCGUCGACAUUGCUAUCCCAUGCAACACCAAGUCGUCCUACUCCAUUGGUCUGAUGUGGUGGCUCCUGGCUCGUGAGGUGCUCCGUCUGCGUGGUGUCCUCGCCCGUGACCAGAAGUGGGACGUCGUCGUCGACCUGUUCUUCUACAGAGACCCCGAAGAGAGCGAGAAGGACGAACAACAGGCCAAGGAACAGGCCGUAGUCGCACCCAAGGCUGACGUAUCAGCGAUUGUGCACGAGGAGUACAGCGACAACGUGGAGCCCGUAGAGCCGGUGACCUCGUGGACCGACGACGCGCCCGCCGCCGCCGCCGCCCCUGCUGCCUUCGGCGCACCCGCUGCGCAGGAGAACUGGGCUGAACAGGUACAAGAGGAGUGGGGUACCGCCGCUGCGCCCGCCGCCGCCGCGCCCGCGCCCUCGUGGGGAGGCUCCGCUCAGGACUGGAGCAGUAGCACAUAAGUGUACUUGGUUAUUAAAUAUUUGAAAACCA